AUGGGUGUUCCAGCUCUUUUUCGAUGGUUGAGCAAGAAGUACCCGAAAAUCAUCUAUCCAGUGGUCGAAGAAGAAGAUACUAAAAUCGUAGCCGAAAAUGGCGAACAAGUAAUUGUUCCUGUAAAUAUGGCAUCAGCCAACCCUAAUGGCAUGGAAUUCGACAAUCUCUACCUAGACAUGAAUGGUAUUGUGCAUCCCUGUACACAUCCCGAAGGGAAGCCCGCUCCGGAAACUGAAGAGGAGAUGAUGUUGGAAAUUUUCAGCUACACUGAGCGAGUGGUCAAUAUGAUACGACCCCGCAAAUUGUUAUUCAUGGCCAUCGAUGGCGUUGCACCUCGCGCCAAGAUGAAUCAGCAACGGUCUCGUCGGUUCCGUUCCUCGCAGGAAGCAAAGGAAAAAGAAGAAGCGAGGAAAGAAUCGGUUCUAUUGUGGGAAGCAAUGGGUAAGGAAGUAUCUGAAGAUGAAAAAAACAAAGUUUCAUGGGACUCGAAUGCUAUUACCCCGGGAACCCCUUUUAUGGAUCUCCUGGCGUCCUCUUUGCGUUAUUGGGUUGUUCAAAAAAUGAACACUGACCCUGGUUGGAAAGGCAUUCAAGUUCUCAUCUCAGAUGCUGGAGUUCCUGGAGAAGGAGAGCAUAAAAUAAUGGAUUUCAUUAGACGCCAGAGGAGUAAUCCUGGCCAUGACCCGAACACAAAACACGUAAUCUAUGGAUUGGAUGCAGAUCUUAUUAUGCUUGCCCUGGCGACUCAUGAACCUUAUUUUAGGGUCUUGCGAGAGGACGUUUUUGCUAACGAUACUAGUCCUACUGCGUGUCGAAUGUGCGGCCAAGAAGGCCACUAUGCUGCACAAUGUACUGGCACAAAGGCCGAGAUACAGAAAAAACCCCCGGCGGAAAAGAAACCCUUUAUUUUUCUCGAUGUGGCUAUCUUGCGCGAAUACCUUGAAGUGGAGCUCGAUGUUCCGACUACAUCAUUCCCAUUUUCCCUGGAAGAAGCAAUUGAUGACUGGGUUCUCUUGAUAUUCUUUGUCGGCAAUGAUUUCCUCCCACAUCUUCCCUCCCUUGAGAUUCGAGAAGGCGCCAUUGAUACACUCUUGAAGAUAUGGAAACAAGAACUCCCGAGAAUGGGUGGUUAUCUGACUCACCACGGUGAACUUGAGUUAUCACGUGCACAAAUCAUUCUUGAGGGUCUUGCCAAACGAGAAGAUGAAAUUUUCCGUCGUAGGCGUGAAGCUGAAGAACGCCAGGACCAGAACGCCAAGCGUCGUAAGUUAGAACAACAAAACAGGAAUGGUAUUUCCUCUGGGCCCUCUCAGACCAUGGCGCUGAAAACAUCUUCUACCAAUGUGAUGACCAACGGGUCGUCUAAAUCCACGUUGCAUCCUUCUCUUCCCCAACGACCUACUUCAAAUCACGAUUUCGGUGCAAAUGCUGAUUCUAUCGGUCUUGGUGCAGCUCCAACUCCUGAAUCUAUUCAGAAUAUUCCAACUGCUGCUCAGGCCCUUGCAGGCUCUAAUCGUGAUGUUGUUGCCAAUCGCCGUGCUAUUAGAAUGGCAAACAUGAGUGCUGCCGAAGUUUUAAAAGCAGAACUAUCAGGUCUUGUACCAUUGAAACCCCCUGCAUCUUCAAAACCCUCUGCCAUGCCUCCCCUUCCGGUAUCAAAUGACGUAUCAGUACAAGAAACUUCAGACAUACCAGGGCUUGGAGCAAACAGACUUAAGGGCAGUUCCUCUGAGGCCGCUCCACCCGCUGUUCGACAGGAAACCCCUCUUGAAAGUGAUGCAGACGCCGAUGGCGAGCCCGACCCAGACACAAAAAUGUCCAGCGAUGAAACAACACUGGACGGCAACGUAUCACAGAGCUCAGUAGGAGCUAAACGGAAAUUCGAAGAGGGACCCGGGUCGGAUGAUAUCACCGACGAUGUUGUUGUUGUUGAGGAAGAUGACGAAGAUGCACCUGCUGUUCCAGCGCUCAAAGUCAACGCCGAUGGCACUGUGGAACAGGAAGACACUGUAAAAUUAUGGGAACCAGGUUACAAAGAGAGAUAUUACAGACAGAAAUUUGGAGUGGAGCUUACAGACACCCAGUUCAAGAAAGAUAUCACUAAAGCCUAUAUUGAAGGUCUCUCAUGGGUUCUUCGUUACUACUACCAAGGGACACCAUCAUGGCAAUGGUUUUAUCCGUAUCAUUUUGCGCCGUUUGCCGCAGAUUUUGAAGAUGUUGAUAAAAUGGAUAUCAAAUUUGAACUUGGCCAGCCUUUCAAACCUUUUGAACAAUUAAUGGGCGUUUUCCCAGCGGCCAGUCGACAACACAUCCCAGAGGUGUUCCAUCGAUUUAUGAUCGAUGAAGACUCUCCUAUUAUUGAUUUCUAUCCACCUUCUUUCGAGAUUGAUAUGAAUGGCAAGAAAAUGGCAUGGCAAGGUGUCGCACUAUUGCCUUUCAUCGACCAAAAACGCCUUCUGGAUGCUAUGGCCAUCGAAUACCCGAAUCUAUCUGAGGAUGAAAUUCGUAGAAAUCGUUGGGGCAACAAUGUUAUUUUUGCUUCUGUGGACCACCCGAUAUAUCCCUUCUACGAAAAGCUUUACGGGAAGCGCAAGAACGACGAGAAACGACCCGUAGCGGCGGUCGUGGCCGGGGUCGUGGAGGAUUUGACCGUGGUGGGGCCGGUAGAGGUAACGGUUUUGACCGCCGCAAUGACCAAUUUCAAUCCCGGCCGAACACCUAUGGUCAGUCGUAUGGAAAUGAUCGGGCAGGACCAGGAGGCAGAGGAGGUAACUAUAACACCUACGGCAAUGGAAAUCCUGGCGGCUAUGGUGGUGGAAGCUCUGGCGGAUAUGGAGGUGGAAGCUCUGGCAGUUACGGUGGUGGAAAUUCUGGCGGCUACGGGGGCUAUGGAGGCGGGAAUGGAGGCGGAUACGGAGGACGAGGUGGCUAUGGAAAUGGAAGUUCGUAUCAACAAAAUUCAUACCCUGCUCGCUCUUCCUAUCCAUCACAGCCACCGAACAAUUCGUACGGUAAUCCUGGUGGGCGAGGCGCGUAUGGUGGAUAUGGUGGCGAAUCUUAUUCAUCCAGUGCCGACUACGGUGGUUACAAUGGCGGAAACCGUGGAGGCUACAAUGGGCAACCACCAGCACAAAAUUCUUAUGGCUCUUACGGCAGCGGGGGAGGUAAUAAUUAUGGUGGUUAUGGGGGGUACGGUUCAGGACAACAUCCUGCUCCUCCAUCAAGAGGUGGAGCACCAUACAACUUGGCUGCUCGUGGAAGAGGCCGUACUUGGUGAUCUUGUAAUCGGGGCAAUGCUUUGGUCAUGA